UGCUCAUCAUGUGAGAACAAUCUAUUCUUUGAACAUCCGCCCUCUCAUCUCAUUGCACGAAGUCAUUUGGCAAGCAAAGCAUGAAACCUGAGAAAAGCAAAGUCUCGAAAUGGCUGCUAGGAAUAAAAUCUCGAUUUCGUAAGAAAUGCCCUGGCCAGCAAAGCCACCAAUUUCCAAGUGACGCGUACGAGUUGACCUACCUAGGCGACGCACCCAAAACAAUAUCCAAGCAGUUACAAUGUCCAGAACAAAAUGAAGCGGUUGUUCAACACAUGUUGGUUAGAUCCUUCUCCCAGUGUACUAGCGCAAUAGAAACACUAGAAGCCAGUGAACAAAAGGAAGAUCCAACAAACAAUUUCGCCUACUCUGACGCCACUACACUCUACUACCAAGCGGCCAAAAAGAAAAAGAGGACAACAGUUGAUGUAGACGCACAAGUUCGUCUUGCUCUAGCCUCAAUGGACGGUCUUCUUGCUGUCCUACCCCAACAACAGGUAGGAUUGCAUCGUCAAUCACUUGUUGAGAAAGCAGGAACAUGGAUGCAAGCAUCAAAUUCAAGAGUCAGCUCAAGAAUUAGAGAGUAUCAACAACAGUUCUUUUUGAUGCUAAAAGGAAACGAUGAAAAAUGUGUUGCGUCUAUUGAAGAAAACAUCGACUCGAAAUCUGUCCAGUCACUACAGAAAGAGAUCAGUGACGACUCCAAAGUUGAAGACUUGAAAAUCAAUGCAAAAAAGGAGGAUCUCCCGUCUGUCAGUGAAGCUUCCAAUUCAAGAGCUGAAAACAUAGCAACACUGUCAGGAGACGAACUCAGUGAGGCAUAUGGACACUUUCAAAACACCAUGCAAGAGGUGUUGUCAGAAACCGACGAUUUAAUUGCAGGUAGAAUGAAGCCUGCUGAGCUGGAAGACUUACGACUUCGAGGUGACCUUAGAUAAACUUAUAACAUGCAUACUGUAUUGUAUAUUGGGCGCAUGCAUGUUCUACGUAGUUAUAGCUUUGAGUUAGUGCGUGCAUGGCAUAUCAUUCUUGUUGUCCGUAGUUACAAAAAGCUGCCUAGCUAAUUAGUCAAUAAAUGGUAUAUAAG